AUGUCUGCCAGUUUCCUUCACGAGAGCGCAAGGUCACUAUUUCCGAAAGGUGAGAGGCUCCUACACGCAGUCUUUCUGCUGCAGAUCCAGACUGAGGACAAGGCUGACACCGCAAGUUACUUGCGCAAACUAGAGGCCGAUAGCAGGCGGUUGCAGGCUCUCAACCUCCAGAACCCAACGCCAGAGUCACAAGUCCACACGCCCAGCAACAAUGGCGCUGCUGCUGACGACCAGGAUGCGCCAGCGCUGUCCACGGAGGAGAGCAACAUGCUGAACCCCUUGUUCGAUGGCCAGCCUGACAACAUUAUCAGCGAACCCUCUUCCGAACCAGGCUUUAUAGGCGAAGCGUCGUGUACCGCGUUCAGCAACCGCUUACUGCAAUGCCUGGACGACAACUACACGCCCUCGACAGCCAGCUUCUCGAAUUACCUUCGUGUACUAUCGCCCCCCAGGGUCGACCUGAGUUACGACGACUUCCCAGAGCGGAUGCAUGCCAAGCUGCUCCUGAAUGUGGCAAGGCGAUUCAUUGGCAACUACCAUCCGCUCUUCCUGGAGGUCAGCUUCAUGCGGGAGCUCGACGCCGUGUAUCGACGCGAAUUGGUGCCUUCCUAUCUGUGGCUCGCCAAGUUCUACGCGCUCAUGUCGCUGGGCGAGACCUAUACAAACCGGCGAAGGGUGGGCAAUAGUCACCGCGUGCCGGGGACAGACUACUACGUGCUUGCCGUCAGCAUCUUGCAAGAAGCGCACGAGGAGCCUACACUGAUGCAGGUGGAAGUACUGACAUUACUUGCCUGGGCCUCCAACAUAUUCGGCCGUGUUCGAACCGCCUACUGCUACAGCGGCACAGCCAUGCGCCUCGCUCUAUCCAUGGGCAUGCACCGUGCCGCAUGCAGCCGGUCGCAUCUGACACCUGUCGAGAAGGAAUGUCGGCGGAGGACGUGGUGGGUGCUAUACUUCUUCGACCGCUUCUCCGCGUCCAAGUUGGGGCAGCCGAUCAUGCUGCGGGAUGAAGACAUUGACGUGGAGGAGCCCAGUAUGGAGGGCCUCACCGAGGAGGAGAGGGCCGAGUUUCUCGAUCCAGCUCCGCUGGUGACGAACAUCAAGUUGGCGAGGAUCAUAGGCAACAUCCUCACCGACAUCUACGGCAUUAACCCAAAUCCGAAUCCAAAGGGACUGUGUAUACACCGAGUCCACGGGAUUCUCAAGAGCCUUCGCGCAUGGCACGACGAGCUCCCUCCGCAGAUACGGAUCAAAGAACGAGGGACGCCCCGGCCAGUCGCCAGUCUGCAUCUCGCAUACAACCAGUGCAUCAUCCAAACGACGCGGCCGGUUCUGUUGCAUCUCUUCAAGACGCAGUACCAACUGCAUGUGGACUCGCAGCCGCGAAAACCGACCUUUUCGGCCAUCACGCUGGCCCUUGCCGAUAGCUGCGUCAAUGCCGCGCAGGCCUCGAGUCGAAUCGUCGAGAGUCUGUUUCUAGAUGGCUCCAUUGCGACCUUUGGCUACUGGGAUGCGCACCACAUCUUCUCCGCCGCGUUGGUGCUCAUCAUGUCGGCCGUCAUGAAGCCCACGACAGCCACGUCGGAGGCGCUCGAGACCCUGCUCAGCAUCCUCCGGACGAUGAAGAACGAUGGUAAUAUUCCCGCCGUGGACUUUUGCGAUAGGCUGUCACAGGUGCAGUCGCGCAUCUCCAGUCUUCGUGAGAUGGGCCACAUGGAUCAGCAGCAGCUCGUCUUCCCGGACACCCUGCCGCUGCCACUGUCUGAUCCGGAAAGAACCCAAAGACGUGCCAGGGAAUCACAACAGACAGAUGGGAAGCACGAGAUGUCGACGUCGCUGACCACGUGCACGAUCGUAACGGACCCGAGCGUGGACUAUGGGAACAUGGACAUUCUGGGGAAUCCCUUGAUAGGGAGCUUUCUGGACGAGAACAACGUGCCCUGGCCGGACGGCGUCUUUGCCGAGGACGGGACGCUGAGGCAGUUUGCGUCCGAGAUUGAAGAGCAGUUCCUGUUCCCAAAUGUAGAUUGA